CUGGUCUUCUCUGUGUCCCAGGAGAUUUCUCCCAGCGUCUGUUCUCGGUCUGGGGCUGCUGGUUGUUUUCCUGCUGGCUGGACUCAUCGGCCUCGCUGUCCACCACCAUAACUCAGUAGGUGGUGCAGCUGCAGAUCUCUCCGCUGUCAAAGCAAACCUGACUGAGCGUCUCCAGGCCAGAGAUCAGCUGCUCUACUCAGUGACUGAAGAGAGAGACACACUGAAGGCCAACCUCACUGAAAAGACCAGAGAGGUGGACAGGCUUCAGAGUUUGUCCAAACAGAUCACAUACUUCAGGAUACUUGCUGCAGAGCUGACCUUCAGGAAAGAGUUGGCAUUCCCAUGAGCAAUGGAGGAAGUCUAUGCCAAUAUUGACGAUGUCAAACCCCUAAGCUCAAGAUCAUCAACAAUACAAGAAGGUCCCAGGAGACUUCUCAGAGCGUCUGUUCUCGGUCUGGGGCUGCUGGGUGUUUUCCUGCUGGCUGGACUCAUCGGCCUCGCUGUCCACUACCAUAACUCAGUAGGUGGUGCAGCUGCAGAUCUCUCCGCUGUCAAAGCAGACCUCACCUCAGUGACUGAAGAGAGAGACAACCUGACUGAGCAUCUCCAGGACAGAGAUCAGCGGAUCAACCGGCUGGAGUACAGGCUUCAGUGUUUGAUGGAGAAAACGUGUCCUGAAGGAUGGAAGAUGUUCAGUUGUUCCUGUUAUCUCUUCCUCUCUACUGAGAAACGUUCUUGGGAACAAAGCAGAGACAACUGCACAGCCGGAGGAGCAGAUCUGGUGAUCGUAGACAGUAAGGAAGAACAGAAAUUCAUCGCUAGCAAGAUCAAGGAACCAACUUGGAUUGGUUUGAAUGACACAGAAGAGGAGGGGACCUGGAAAUGGGUGGAUGGAUCUCCACUGAAUCUGAAUCUGACGUUUUGGAGCACAGCACAGCCUGAUAAUUUUGACGGAGAGGACUGUGUAGAAAUACGGAGUAUUGUUCACUCCCAAAGCUGGAACGACAGGCCCUGUACGAACGAUCAGCAUUGGAUCUGUGAGAAAGAAGCUUGACAUUGGUGUCUGUUUGGAUACUAAACCUGCAAUCAUGCUUUUACAAUUGAGUUUAAAUCGAGUUAUUUAAAACUAUACACAAUGUCUGAUUUCAUGAAUAAGAAUUAUUUUGCUCGAAUUGAUAAAUAACAUGUUUUUAGUGGGUUUUUUUUUGGAUUAAAAUCAAUUAUAAAUAAAUAGUCAUUUAAUUUGUUUUGGCCAACUUUUGUUUGCCUCAAUUAAAUUAGUAUUUGUAUUCAUCCUUUUACAUAUCAACAAAAAAACAGCUUAUUAAAAACAUCUGCUGAUCAGCCCACAGUUCCUGAAAGCUAUAAUAUUGAAGGUGCCUUAUUGAGCAGAAUAUGAUACAAAUAAAAACUGUCAAACAUUAAUGAAUAAUUCAGACACAUCAACAAUACUGUAGUCUCAGCAUUGGUCUAACUUGUUCAAAUGUGUGAAAUAGCCUGUGUGUUAUACAGUAUGUUUCCUAACAAUGACCUCUUGUGGCCAUGUGAGUACAAAUCUAUUGCAGGUAUUUAACAUUCAGGUACCAGCCACUUUGUACAUACUGUAAGAACUAGUGCUGUAAAUUAAUACAAAAAUGUAUGUAUGUUUAUCACAAUAAUAAUAUGGGACUUUAACUGCAGGAUUUUCUCAUGUUUCAUUUAAAAAGUAAACUGCCUUUUAUUUGAAGUUAAUUACAGAACUUUAGUAAAUGGGCAAAUUAGAUAUAGCUAGAUCAGGAAAUGGCAACUUUCUUUGAGCAUGCAUACAAAGAUAAAAACCGUA